AUGAAAAAUAGCAGCAGUCAAGGACGGUACACUCCUGUUGCUCACACAUUGCUGCUGCCACGUUCUCUGGACGAAAACCAGGCGUUUUUCGACGCCGAACCUGCCAGCUCUCUGCUUGCCGCCGGCACAUUGAGCCAGGCCCCAGACUCACAGCCCAACCCGGAAUCACGGCCAAACCCGGAGUCACGGCCAUAUCCGGAAUCACAGCCAUAUCCGGAAUCACAGCCAAAUCCGGAAUCACAGCCAAAUCCGGAAUCACAGCCAAAUCCGGAAUCACAGCCAUAUCCGGAAUCACAGCCAUAUCCGGAAUCACAGCCAAACCCGGAAUCACAGCCAUAUCCAGAAUUACAGCCAUAUCCGGAAUCACAGCCAUAUCCAGAAUUACAGCCACUUGCACAU